AUGGGACAGUUUCAGGGCCAGUUUGAGAAGGUCGAGCAGCAGGAGCAGCGGUUGAUCAGGGAUCGAGAUGCUGCCCAAAUAAUUGCAGCCCAGCUUGUAGAACUGUGUAAAGAUUUGCAAGCGGUGAUCAGGGUCCUGCAUCAAGCAGGUAAAGAAAAUAAAACUCACUCUGCUGAUCACUUGAAGGUCCAGAGCAAGAUUGAAAUUGUUACUGUUGGUACAGAGUGUGAGAGCCCUGGGGGAUUGUGCCCACAUUGUAGACUAGGAGGAUACAGACAAGGCAUACAGGGGAACAUCAGUCGCCAGGAAGCUGUCAGUAUGAUUCCUCCUUUGCUGCUUGAUAUUAAGGCACAUCAUAAGAUUCUCGAUAUGUGUGCAGCACCCGGAUCAAAGACUGCUCAGCUGAUUGAGAUGCUGCAUUCUGACAUGAAUGUUGCUUUCCCAGAGGGUUUUGUAAUUGCUAAUGACGUUGACAACAAGCGGUGUUACCUAUUGGUUCAUCAGUCAAAGCGCUUGCAUAGCCCUUGUAUUAUGGUGGUGAAUCAUGAUGCAUCGAAUAUACCAGGAUUACAGAUGGCGGACGCUGAUGGUCAAAGGAACAUUCUCUUCUAUGACAGGAUUUUGUGCGAUGUACCAUGCAGUGGUGAUGCAACCUUGAGAAAGAAUAUUGAUGUGUGGAAGAAGUGGACAACCAGCAACAGCCUCCAGUUGCAUGGCUUACAGCAAAGAAUUGCCAUCCGUGGUGUCGAGCAGUUAGCAGUUGGGGGCAGAAUGGUUUACUCCACCUGUUCUCUGAACCCUAUUGAAAAUGAAGCUGUAAUAGCAACUAUUCUUGGGAAGAGUGAAGGAAUUCUUGAAUUAAUUGAUGUUUCAUCGGAGUUGCCAGGGUUGAAGCGAAUGCCUGGCUUAACAUCAUGGAAGGUAAUGACAAGGGAAGGGCAUUGGUAUGCAGAGUGGUCAGAAGUGCCAGAGAAUAAACAGACUCAGAUCCGUCCCACAAUGUUUCCAAUCAAUGACCCUGAGAAGCUCAAAGCAAUGAAUCUGGAAAGAUGCAUUAGGGUGCUUCCUCACCAUCAAAAUACUGGAGGAUUCUUUGUUGCUGUUUUGGAGAAAAAGGCUCCAAUGCCUUGGAACAAGUGUGAGUCAAAGCUGAGACAUAAAGGAGUGGUGGCUGAUUCCCUAAUUAAAGGCACUGAUGAGAAAUCUGCAGAAAUUGAAGAAAUUAAAAAAAACGAAGAAGGUGAAGAAACAUCAGCCAGCAAAGACGGUAUUUGUUGUCCGCCACCACCAAAGAAAAUGAAACUGUUUGGGUUCAAAGAAGACCCCUUUGUCUUCUUGAGUGAAGAUGAUCCAAUAUUUCUACCAAUUCAGAAAUUUUAUCAAUUGGAUCCAUCUUUUCCAAAGUCGAAUGUCCUCACUAGAACGCAUGAGGGAAAGAAGCGUCACCUCUACAUGGUUUCAAAGGAACUAAGAAAUGUGCUUCUCCAUAACAGUGAACGAAUGAAGGUGAUUAACAUGGGAAUUAAAGUUCUGAGUCGCAAUAAUGAUGGGGAAGAAUUUGGCUGUGCCUUCAGGUUAGCGCAAGAGGGUAUUUAUACUUUAAAUCCAUACAUUAAUGAAAGAAUCAUUAAGAUUUGUAUUGAAGAUGUUAUGGUGCUGUUAACACAAGAAAAUCCAUUCAUUGGCAAGCUUACAAGUGAACCACAGAAACAAGCAAAGAAACUGAGUAUGGGGAGUGUUGUGUUGAAGUAUGAACCAGAUCCUUCAAACAUUGAAGGUCCAAAGUGUCCAAUUGUGUUGUGUGGCUGGAGGGGAAAGAAUUCAAUCCGUGCCUUUGUUGCCAGGAAUGAGCGUUUUCAUUAUCUACGAAUGUUGGGUGUAGAGGUUUUCAGAGACAAGAGUAAGGAUGAUGGAUCAGACAGCGUGACUACUGAGAAAACUGAGGAGCCAAUGGAAGAAGGGGAUUUGAAUGUACAGGGAGAUGCUGGGCAUUUGAAAGACAAUUCUGAAAUUGUGCAACGGUCUAAAGAAAAAUAUGCUGAGAUCUUGGGGUCAACAGAAGAACCUGAAGAACAUCAAGAAGUAGUACAGCAUGUAAAGAUGGAAAUCAACAAUAUUAAAAGAAUUCAAGAACCUGUCGAAUCAUGUUCAAAAAUUGAAAGCUUUGGUGCUGAAGUAGCACAUUCGGAUGCAAAUUAAUAAGGUUUUAAGCUUUUAAGAAAUGCCAAACAUGAACUGACAUAGAUUGCAGCAUAAACUAUCUGAUGAUUUGGUGUUGGAUAUCCAAUGCUACGAGCUGUUUCUGGAGGAAACUAUCAUUUACUUGCAAUCCAAAGUUGAAUAUUUCCUUUUAAUCUACUCAAACCUUUCCUAACUAGAUGUAUAGCCUUGAAAACGCAUUUGAUCUCUCAUUAUCAGCACCCCUCUAAUUUAAAUUUUCUCUCCUAAAAAUAUCUUGGUCACUCUGCACUCAAUGAGAGAUGAACAAAGCAAGUAUAUUAAUGAAGGGGAGCAUAGGGAGGGGAAGACAAUUGUAUCACUUUCAUUUUGACUUCAUUAAUGAGAAUGGGUGAACUUCAAUGUUGUUCACAUGAUUUAAAAUGUGUCUUUGCAAAUUGCUCGACAGCCAAUUCACUUGCAGAAAAUAACCUUUUAAAUUGGCAUUUCAAGUGCUUGCCAUUUUUGUUCAUGCCUUUCUGCAUUUUUUAAAAAAACCUUUGAAAAGUGAUUUAAAGCUUUUACAGAUGAAUUUAUAAAUCUGAAGUACUAACUUUAUUUUAAAAGACAGGAUACGUUUUCUGGUAAUUUUUGUUUUCCACUUGAAUGGUAAAUAAAUGGGGUUGGAUUAGCUCCAUACACCCACAUGACUUCCUGCUGGUUUACCUCCCAAAUGGUAAAGAUGAUAAUUACUCCUUUAAAGUCAGAAAAUUUAUUUAAUGUGCAAAUCCUGUGGAUGUACCAAAGGAACCUGUUUCAAGUUUGUAUUAAACAUGGUUAUUGAAUAUGCGGGCAUUUUGUUUUUGAGUCACGUUGUCAUAUUUUGCCCAGUAAAAGGCUAUGGAUCUUA